ACCGCUCCGAGGCGACAUCUGUAAACAGGUCAACGUUGCGCAAUGCGUACGGUAGCGUGGCCCGCGCAAACGAGUUCACGUCUGUUGAUGAGUACUGCGAGCUCUCAAACCAGCCCUGAAUCAGGUUCUCCAUCACCAGCCGCAGUACGGGCCGGCUCUCGACGACAUGGCGCAGGAUAUGCAUGAUCAGCGAGCGCUCCUGGCGCUGCUCCUGGCGCUGCUCCUUGUUGACGUUCAUGAGCGCGUUGACAAAUCCGAGCGGCGUGCGCUCCUUGGCUGUGGCCUUAAUGCUGGGCAGCUCUCCGGUUGACAUUGUCCGCAUCGUCCGCACGACGCUGGCCAGCGCGCCGCUGUCGAGGAAUUCGACGGCAAACUGUGGAUCGCGUGUAAGAAUGACAAUCAGCCGCAUGAGUGCGUUGAGCGCCGACCGGAGAAUUCGGGCACUGGGGCAGCAAAAAACAGGGUCGCAAUACGUUGCAGCUCAAAUCGCUGCUCAAUGCUGAACACGGGGUCGGGCGGCGACGCCUGUGGCUUGCUGGCAUCGGCGCUGCUGCUGGCUGGCUCGG